UAUAUGUAUGGAGAUUUUCCAGUGACCUUAAGAUAUGUUAGUCAGUGCACCACGUGCGUAAACAGGUCCACUGCCACACUCUGGGCAGGUACAACAAGUUCGACUGGAAAAUCGCUGUACCUUGCAAUUGCUGAAUCAUGCAGAAGGAGGCGUCAUGUUGCCAUCCCAGACGUCACGUCCGGGGACCGUUGGCCGCCCCGCCCCCCGCCAGUGACCGUUUAAAUCGUUUCUUCAAAAGAAAUGUUCGCGCGGUUUUCUCCCUCUACCCAGCGUGCCCCGCGCUCUUCCCCACAGUUGUGGAGCUGCCGAGCAUGCGCAGUGGCGCCGGAGUUCGCCAUUUUCUAUUCCCUGCUCUAAUGGGAACGUUUUAACCGAUUGGUGCCGCGCUUUCAGGGCGUUUCGGGCUGCCGGGGACCUCACGCAGACACCGAGAGACACCGAAAGGGACUUUUUCUGCAAGAAAAGACGGUGAAAAUUUACCAUGGCAACCGAAUCAGAUAAUGUGCCGGUGGAGGAGUCUGAAAUGUUUACAAAGGUCAAAGAGCACAAAACCUAUCAAAGGCGACGAGAAGGUGGACAACCAGAAGAUUCCGAUGGACAGCAAAAAGAACCAGAUGGUGCUGAGGUAGCACAAGACAUGAACAGCAAUAUGCAGGUGGUAAUGAUGCAGCCAUUGGACCCUACGUUACUACAAAUGAAGCAACCGAUGGAGGGAGCAACUCAUGAGUCAGAUACAGUAGAUGAUACACAGAUUAUUACACUGCAAGUGGUGAACAUGGAAGAGCAACCAAUAAACCUUGGGGAAUUGCAACUAGUGCAAGUAGCCCAGAGUAGCAUUGAUGAACUGCAAGGAAACUAUGAAAAUGAAGCUCCUAAGGAUGGACUUCAGGAAGGGGACCCUGUAAUCUGUCACACCCUUCCUUUACCAGAAGGUUUUCAGGUUGUGAAAGUAGGCGCUAAUGGUGAAGUGGAGACAGUAGAAGAUGGGGCAAUAGAAGUAAGGGAGGAAGAGGAUGCUUCUGCUGCUUGGCAGAAAGAUCCUGAUUAUCAACCACCAGUCAAAAAAGUUAAGAAAAAGAAUAAACUGCGCUACAAAGUGGAUGAUUCUAAAGAUGUUGACUUGUCUGUGUAUGAUUUUGAAGAGGAGCAGCAAGAAGGUUUGCUUUCAGAGGUUAAUGUGGAGAAGGCAGUUGGAACCAUGAAGCCUCCAAAGCCAAUGAAAAUUAAAAAGAAAGGCGUAAAGAAAACAUUCCAGUGUGAAUUGUGCAGCUACACUUGCCCCCGGCGUUCCAACCUAGAUCGUCAUAUGAAAAGCCACACUGAUGAGCGACCACAUAAGUGUCACCUUUGCGGGAGAGCGUUUCGAACAGUCACGCUGUUGAGAAAUCAUCUCAACACACACACAGGUACGAAACCACAUAAGUGUCCUGAUUGUGAUAUGGCAUUUGUGACCAGUGGGGAGUUGGUGAGGCAUCGUCGCUACAAACACACCCAUGAGAAGCCAUUCAAAUGUUCAAUGUGUGACUAUGCUAGCGUAGAGGUCAGUAAGUUAAAGCGCCACAUUCGCUCUCAUACUGGAGAACGUCCGUUCCAAUGUAGUCUUUGUAGCUACGCCAGCAGGGACACCUAUAAACUGAAACGGCACAUGAGGACCCACUCUGGUGAGAAACCAUACGAAUGCUACAUCUGUCAUGCUCGCUUCACUCAAAGUGGAACAAUGAAGAUGCACAUUUUACAGAAGCAUACAGAAAAUGUGGCCAAAUUUCACUGUCCACAUUGUGACACAGUUAUUGCUAGAAAAAGUGAUUUGGGUGUUCAUUUGAGAAAACAGCAUUCCUAUCUUGAGUCAGGCAAAAAGUGCCGUUAUUGCGAUGCAGUCUUCCAUGAGCGAUAUGCCCUCAUACAACAUCAAAAAUCUCACAAGAAUGAGAAACGUUUCAAAUGUGAACUUUGCGAUUAUGCGUGUAAACAGGAACGUCACAUGGUGAUGCACAAACGUACUCAUACUGGAGAAAAGCCUUAUUCCUGUAGCCAGUGUGAUAAAACUUUUCGGCAGAAGCAGCUGUUGGACAUGCACUUCAAGCGCUACCAUGAUCCUAGCUUUAUUCCUGCUACUUUUAUGUGCACAAAAUGUGGCAAAGCUUUCACUCGUAAGAAUACAAUGACAAAACAUGCUGAGAAUUGCAGUGGGCCAGGAGGUGAAGAAGGCGAUGCAGUAGAACGCAAGAAGAGCAAGGGACGAGGGAGGAAGCGAAAAAUGCAGUCCAAGAAAGGAGACUCUUCUGAUAGUGAUGAAGAUGAUACUGCUGAACCUGAACUAGAUGGUGAUGAAGAUGAUGAGCCAGAUGUGAGCAAGCCUGAGAAAGAGGAAGAGGAGGAGCAGCCUGUUGUGGAAGUCAUCCCAAUACCAACGCCAGCCAAAAAACGAAGGGGUCGACCACCCGGCAAAGCUAAUCAGUCAAACAAGAAUACUGGAACAGUUCAACAGUUACAAGAACCUGGGACUACAACUAUUGAAAACAUCAUUGUUGAGAUAAAGAAAGAGCCUGAGGCAGAAGAUGUACAGGCACAAGCAGGAAUUGAGGCUCAGAAUGGAGAUAUCACACCUGAGAUGAUCCUUAGUAUGAUGGACCGGUGAUGGAAGAAGGCCAGGCAUGCUAAUAAUAUGGCCCUGCGGAAUAAAAUAAACAUGUAUUUUUUUGCUUUGACACAUGCUUAUAUGAAAUGAUUUAGACCAUUUAACCUUUUGAGUACUAGAGAAUUUUUCAUCAGGAAGCUAAAAUGAAUAUAGACUAGUCCCUUAUAGCAUAGAAUGCUAUUUAUGAAUCAGAAAUUGUUAUUUUAUUUGUUUAAAAAAUUGUCCCCAAUAUGUUUUCUCUGAAUAAUUUCUCAGUACUGAAAUGGUACACCAUGAGAUGCUUUGUACGCUUUACGUACACAGAGCAGUAAACUAGUUCCUGCCUUUAAAUAACAAUUGUGUACAGUAUCUGUGCCGUAGCUCCUUUUUGCAUAAGAGGAAUGUUUCCCAGUGGCACAAAAUAUUGUGAUAUAUAUAUGUUGCAAAGAACAAAGGCUAUUUUUACCAUAAAAGUCCUGCUUUACUUAAGAGCUGAGCAGGUGGAAAUUUGACUUGUAGUAAACUUUAAAUACAAAAGAAUUGUGAAUUUUUGGAAGUAUAGCUAUGACUUUGUGCAACCUGAUUAUAAAUGGUAAUACAUAAGUUUUGGUUUCUUUUGCUAUAGCUGGGUGUCUCAAAAGUGCAAAUCACUGAUUGAAAAUCAUUGUGUUACUGUUAAAUUAAGUUCAAACCACAUGAAUUAUUUUAGAACUGACCACCCAUAGUAACACUGACGUUUGUUGUGUGUUUGCUUUUUUUUUGUACAGGGCAUCUCAAAAAUGGUCAUGCUUGUUGUAGAUAACUUUUUUACAUUUUAAUCUUUUCUAGUGAUUAUGUAUCAAAAGUGCAGGAGAGUAACAUUUUAACCACUGCUUGAGACGUUUACAAAUUAUUUGUCACAAAGAGUCAAACUCUUCCGUGUUUGUGAAUAUGUGCAGAAUCAUGUAAAAAUUAAUUUGCAAAUUGAGCUGUUCAGAGCAGAAAAUGUCAAAUUGUAAUGAGCACAUUCACAGCAUACUACAGGUCCCUUUAAAGUUGCAGAUUUUAAUGUUGUAAAUUUUAAUUACUUAUUUCCAUUAUAGGUUGGCUGUCUCCCACCUAUUACUUUUUGCUUCUCUGAACCUCAUUAUGUAUCUGAUAUAUUUGUAAGAGGGCAUAAUGGAACUAAUCCUUUAAAACUAGAAGAAGGCAGAGUUUUGAAGAUUGAGUAUAUCCAUUUGUGCUUUGUGAUGCAAAAUAAAGUAAUGUGAAGUUUGCGCUGUUGCAGAUACGAGAAAGAUGUGCCACAAAAGUAUGUCAGAAGACGUAUGCUUUAUUUGCUGAAUCAACAUGAAUUCUUUUUUUGUUCUAGGUGAAUUGCAAUUAAAUCUGCUUUGUGCCCCUUUUUAGCAUUUGACUCUGGGUUGAUUUUGUUUUUUUUUUAUUGUGGCUGUACUGUUUUGGUGAAGGACAGGGAGUCAGGCUGAUGAGGAAGCAAUGUAAAAAUACUCAAUGGGUUUGUGAAAGCUAGGGUAAAGCAUCUAAUUAAUGUAGUGCUGUACAGCUGGUAAAUAAACCAUUUACCUGCCUUUCAUGUGUUCUUUCAUUUUGGUGAAUUUAUAUUACAUUUGCGUAUUCAUUCAUUCAUUGAUACUUGAUAUUUAUAUGUAAAAUUCGUUGACGUAUAUAAAGUAGCAUAACAGGUGACUGUAUGGCUAUUUUUAUAAUGGUUCAUAAAACAUUGAAAUCCUGGUACAAAAUGUUAACCCUAUUUUUUGCAAAUUUAAGUAAGUUAUAUUGGUUUUUAUUUUGGGUGUUUUUAUUCCUCCACUCUUAAUCUGAGAUAAACAGAAUGCAUUAUAUGCAGAUUUGCUAUUGAUUUGGCUGGAUAAAAUUCCACGUUAGAUUUUACUUUCAAAUGUAUCUUGGAAAGGCUUAGAACAAAAUCUUUGAACUUAACAGCUCUGAAAUUUAAGGGCUUAUACCAGUUGACAAUGAAGGGAAUGAAAUGAAAAAUUUAUAAUUUGUUGGCUUGUUGAAAAAUGUUUGUUAAACCAAGUCAUUUAUAAGUAAGGCAUUAAUUUUGUGUAUAAUGCAUUGGGCCCUGGUGUGUACUGAGAAUGUAGUUAAUGUUUAAUUAAUGAUUGAGAUGUAGGCUAUAAUGCCUUUCUGUAAUUGGUCGUGAGAUGUGAUGCUGCGCUGUUAGCUUAAACUGCUGCAGUCCUUUCCCACUGCCACUAGGAAGGGAGUUUUUUGUCAUAUCAGUUUAGUAUAACUGAGUAGCUUGGAUAUUUCAAAGGGCACUUAACAGUUGAUUAUAUUAGAUCUGAAGUCACAUACCAAGUAAGGACAGGACAUUUCCUUCUCUGGAGAGCAUUUGUGAUCCAAAUAUUUUUUUAAUCUGCUGGUGACAGAUUUUAUUUAAAUUACCAGAUCUGAAGGUGAGACUUGUACAUGUCUAUUGGAUCAUUAGUCCAGGGUACAAUAUUACUAUUUCAGUAACAUAACAAAGCUGCUUGGAUAGUGUGUCAAUGGAAAUAUUGUAGGGUAUGCUUCUGAAUUCGUCAUGGAAGGUGCAGCCAUAAUCUUCAAGAACACUUAGUUUGAGGAUUACGGUUUGGAAGUGCAUCAAAAUCCACAGGUUAGUACUAAAAUUUCAAUCUAGUAACUAUAUUUGACCAACUCUACAUGAAUUCAUUGAAAAGGAGUUAAGUUAUGAAAGACAGUCUUAUGAAAACAUCUUGUUUUGGUGUCCCCAGUUCAAAGAUCCAACAACUGUGUUCUUGCUUGUAGCUUUCAAGAGAAAAUGAAUUUUCGAUGGUCUGGUGUGGUGUUUCUUGAAAACGUUCUGAUGUGGCCAGUAAAGUGAUGUGCUAUUUUCUUUCAAAGCUAGUCAGGUAAAUGAGGAUUUAUAAAAGGGAUUAAAUUUUUAAAGAUUCUUUAUAAAAAGCAAAAGGAUAGUUUUAGAUUUCAAAUGUGCAAAACCUCCAAAAGGAGUACAUUGGGAUCUACUAAUUCUUAAAUUUGUUUUCUUUUAACCCUUGUUACUAAACCAACACUAACCCUGUCUGAUGUCAGGAUUUCAAUUUGUACUGUUUCUACACAUAAAUGAACUCUGAAGUUGUAUGCGCCGGUUCUUGCCUGUGCAAUUGUAAAACAUUGAAGAACUUGGGUAAAAGAAAAAGAAUUGAAAAUCUCAUCUUGAAAUAAACUAGAUUUACAUUUUUUUUA